AUGGCGGGUAGUGAAGCAUUGGACUACAACUCAACCGUUGUGUCCGUGGUGCUCGACGAUGAUGGAACCGUUGUGGAAGAUGAUGCUUACUUCUUGUGUCUUCCCCCGAAUACCAAAUUCAUGUUCUUGCAAGAUAAAGAGAUGUGGAAGCCUGCAAAGCGAUUUGAUGGAGGCACGGCAUGGCUCAUGCGAUCGUUUGACACGGGCACUGACGCAGUAGACGGCACGCAUGGAGAUGUAGAACCCUGGCACAGUUUAGCUGAUCAACUGAGACAGGACCUGGCCAGCAUCGUUCUCAUGUCUGAGGCUGAUCUAGAGAGUCUGGUGGCUGUACCCUGUGCAGUCCUGGCCUCAGCGCUCACUUUCACAGAACAGAAAACCCGUGAUUUACAAGACACCUUGCAGAGAGUGCUGGGCCCCAGAGAAUAGGAACGACAGUCCAAAGAGCUGCUGCAGCUCUAUCUGAAGGUUGUGGAGAAAGAGCGCAGUCAAGAUUUGCAACAAGGUGAAACAGCACAGGAUGAGGUGGAUUGCAUUGAGGUGGACUCAGCUGUAGGGUUUAACUCUAGGACACUGCUGGUUUUGAAGGGCAAAACAAGCCCUGAAACGAGACUCUCCAACGAGGAACUGCAGAUGGUGCUUAGGCAGGGAGUGGAGACGAUGAUGGACGAGCUGGGCUGGGACAGAGGCAGGACUAUGGUGUUACUACAGGCCUGUGAAGAAGAGCUGAGUAAACGUCUGCAGCAGGUCCAAGUCAUGCAGUCGCUCAGCGCUCACUCACAGUGCACCGAUUCCACAACACAACCACAGAAAGAGGAGACCAGAGCUAAACGUCGAAAAUAACCGAAGCACAGUUUUAACUUCUCUGGAGAUACACAUGUGUAUAUUGUUUUGUCUAGUUAUAUUCAUUUUGAUACUUAAAAAAUUGGAUAUAAUUUUUAAGAUCAUAUGUGUUAAGAAUUGGCUUAUUAUCUGCUCAGACAAAUUUCUCACAUAAAGUAGCUUUGUAUUCGGUUCAGUUUAAAGCUCGUAGUUUAUUUACCUGCAAAAAUGUGACGUGAU